AUGGAGGCUGUAAGGCUUUUCAUCACGGUUUUUCUAGUCCUAAUAGCCAAGAUCAUCUCCGUGCCACCGCCACCUCACCCGCUCUGCAUCUCUGAGAUUGCCCUGGUAAGCAAUGCUUGUGCAUUUGUGCCUAUAGAACAUCAUCUUACACAAUUGACUGCGACUAGGACUACUCAUCGGGGAAAUCAAGAGGAGCUGGUAAAUGAGCAGCAGAGACAGCAGGAGCAUGACAACGAGGACGAUCGGCAGGAAGGUCACAGGCGCAGGAACUACCACCAUGAUGGGCCAAGCGAAGAGUGUUGCAGAUGGUUGAGGGAGGUGGAUUCCAUGUGUGUCUGUCAGCUGUUCGUCCCAAUGCCUACGUUCCUCAGGAGACCUUUGCACUCCUACACGAUUAUGGUUGAUCAUACGUGCAAGGUCGUAUUUAAGUGCCCUCAGCAACUAGUUUAA